UGAACAAGUUAUGGCGACAAGUAGUUCUGGUUGUAGUUGUGAUGCUCCAGCUGAUUUUAAUUUGUCUUCUUCAACAGAGGAUAGUGGAAGUAGACUGAGCUUGUCAUUAGAAAAGUGUCCGCUUUGUAAAAAUUCUAGAAAAAUAUUUUAUUGUAGACAGUGCAUUCGGAAUGGUGACUUUUUCCAUUCAAAUCAUCGUUUUGCUGAGAGGUUUGCAGAAAAACAGCUUCAGUUAUUGCGGCUAAAGAAUGAUGUUCGGUAUUUGGAAGAAAGAUGCGAAGAACGUUUGGCGAAACUUGGAUUCGCAAAACAAAUGAAAAGUGAGGUAUAUUCUUGCCAAGAGAGAAUACGUCUUGUGCACAUGCUGAUCAAGGAAAGGAAGCAGCAGUUGGCCAAACGCAAGCCCCUGGCUGUGAGGAUUCAGCUGGAGAACAAGAAGCGCCUGGACAGGCUGCCCUGCUACAGGAGUCUGGUGGAGGAGAAGGCAGCUCGGGUAAGGCAGAUGAGGCACGAGCGAGUUGCCAACAAGCUGAGGCUAGACAACGUCCAGGAUGAGCUGAAAACUUUGAUAAGGUGGAACGUGCAACAGCUGGUGUCACACAUCUUCCCCAUCUCGGUGGUGGAGCCGGUGCAGCCUCCCGCGGACCGGGGCCGGGACACGGUGAGCGCCCUGGCCGACGCCAGCCGCACCGCCUACGUGCGCGGCCACUGGGUGCUCACGGACAGCUCUGGGGAGCUGCACCACUGCAUCGUGGCACCCACGCUGCCGGGCUCUGGCGACUACUCUGCCUACUCCAUCUGGCACGCCGCCAACAAGGACACGGGGAUGUCAGGGGUGGACAGCGUGGACUGCAACCCGGCGUUCAACAUCGCGGCGGGGCUGACGUUCGCCACGCAGCUGGUGAACGUACUAGCGUUCUACACAGGGGUGCGGCUGCCCCACAAGCUGAGCUACGCAGACUUCUGCGGGCACGAGAUGGGCGAGCAGACGUUCGUGCGGCGCGUGGCCAAGCUGAACCGCAAUGUGCUGCACCUGUGCUUCUCGCAGAGCGCGCGGCCAGAGCAGCUGCAGCCGACACGCACCUUGCACAACGUGCUGGUGCUGCUGGACACCAGCGCCUGCGACCUGGGCAGGCAGGGACCCCUCGAGGUGGACCCCCAGGAGGCACGACUACUGGAGGAGCAGCUCAGCUGCGACCUGGACCUCAGUGAAGACUCCGGCUCGGAGUCAGACGACAACUUCCCCCAGGAGUGGGAGGCAGUGCCGAAUGUUUCGUGCCCCGAGGUGAACGCAGGAGCUGUAGCGAGCGUGCCGUCGCAGCAGUUGGCAAGUGCGCAGCAGAGCACCAGCAUGAUGUCGAGUGCGCUGAACACCAUCACAUCGCUCUGGCGCGGCUGGGCCGCUCACAGAUAGAAGGUGCAUUCGGACAAGCAGAAACUACUUACAAUGCUUCAGUUUUUGUUACAAGCAUUUGUAAAAAAAACUACAGACAACAAGGAGCAUCUUUUAAGAGUCUACAUGUUCUGACUCUACGUUAUUAAGUUGGUUGGCCUGCUCUUCAACAAGACGUUUUAAGUUUCAGUGAAUUUUUUACCACUGCAGUACAAACACACAGUGUGUGUGGUUCAUUGUUCCUUGUGCCAUGAUUGUACUUUUAAUGUUAGUGAUCUCAAGAAUGUGACCAAAUUGAAGGGAAUGUCUGCAGAUGAUUUCAGUUUAUGGUAGUGUGAUUGUUUGUCAGGAGGUGGCAGGUAGUUCCGAACUACUCUGUUAACACAUGGGACAUAUUUUAUUAAUGCUAUACAAUUAUUACUAUCACCAUACAGUUGUGUGUUGUAAAGCAGCUACAAGAGAUAUAUGAUUUGUGCAAAAAUUACCAUAACCUACAUUGAACUGGAAAACCAUUUUGUAAAAGUUUGAUCUCAUUUCUCGAGAUAGUUCUGUGAAGAAUGACAUUUUUAAUUUAUUGAAGUUUUACUUCUCAGGCACGUUGUGGAAUACUGAUGGAAGUGGAAUUUUACGAUAUACAAUGUACAAUUUUUACCAUGCAACAAAAUUUUCACAGGAUGACGGCGGACCCACAUGUAUGAACAUAAACCCAUAUAUUGUCACUUUCAUAAAUAUUAGGUUACAUGCCAAAUGUAUUGGAGUGCCAAUUGAAACUUUAUGAUAGUGAAACUACUCUGGAAUACAUUUGGUAAACUAAAAUAGUCAUAAAAAACGUACCGUAUUUAAACGCAUAAUGUCUGCACCUUUCUUUUUAAAUACUUGAAAUGGAAUUUUUCCGCAUAAAGUCAGCAUCAGACAAAGCAACCUUGGCCACCCCUGAAAGGCACAGUAACGGGAUGGAAAAUUACUGACGCUGUCAACAAUGCUUUGACCUUGAGUUGUUCAUUUCUCCGGAGCGGUCGCUGAGAGGGUUUUGUAGCGUGGUGAAACCGUCCGGACUCAGAAACUCGCACAUUCCACUGCGCAGCUGCCUGCUCCGUCACGCGUGUUGCAAGGGGAUGGGCUAUAUAUAGCACAAGCUAGUACACGUCAACUCACACUACGUCACAAAGAAGGGGAGGUAGCGGAUAAGUGGUGGGGGUACAUGCGCACUGUGUUUUUACACAAACAGUGGGCAAGGAACAGGGAGGGAGGCUCGCCGGCGCCGGCUAAUGCAGACAUUAGACAUCUGCCCCGUGCCUUCAGUGGCCAUCUCAAUGAAAGGUUAAAAAAAUAUGUUUUCACGCAAAGCGUUUAUUUUGUGUAGGCUGGCUGCGGCUUCUGAACGUAGGAGCGCACACGCAAGUGAGAGAAGAAAAAAAAUACGAGUGGCGUCUUCCACUAAUCGCCGGCACCCAAUUAUCUCGUCACCUGUCACAUUUCUCACAUCCGCUGCGGAGGGUCGCCAGUCACCAGCGCUCUGCUAGUAAACUAAUUAUGAGAGAACAAUUUUUUUACUCUACACAAAACAUAACAUUUUGAGGAAAAAAAAUUUUUUUUGGACUUCACCUCAUGUCUGCACCCCAUUUUUUUGGGUCAAAAAUGUAGCCUAAUUACUGCGGACAUUAUGCGAGAAAAUACGGUAAUUACAAGUAUUAAAUAACCUAUGGAUACUGGUAUUCCAACAAUUACAAUACAUAUUCUUCUUACAAUCUUCUGUUAAGCUUUGUAGCACAGUGGUUAUAGAGCGUGGUUAAUAAACUAAUGGAAUGUGGUUCAAAACUGGCUGUAGGAAAUUUUGUUUACUUUUUUUAAAUUAUAGAUUACUGGAUCAUACUAAUUGUUUUUAAUCAAAUAAAUAUGAAUACAUUUUAUUUGUUUAUUGUAUUGCUAUGAUAUUUUUAUACAUUUUUAUAUUAAAACUGAAUGCUGAAAAUUUUAAAUUAAUUUUUGUUACAAUAAAUAUCAAAAUAGUUCAGAGUUUUAAAUCAAAAAGAAAUAUAACUACUAAUGCACGUACAUAAGUAAACUCACCAUUUGUUUUAUGUGGCCUUGAAAUCCUUGUUGCCAGAGAGGGCUUGGACACAUGCCAGGUAUAUGACACAGGGACUGGGGAAGGUCUCGGCCAUGCCUGUAAGAAGGACUAUCCCAGCAUCUGACUAGUGGCAUAGGGAAAUCAUGGGAAUCUGAAAUUGAGAUGGUGGUUGGAUGCGAAUUCAAACCCAGCUCCUGAAUGCGAGUUCAGGGUUAUACUGUUGUGCGGUUGUAACAGCAUCCAGUGUGUGCAUUUGCUUGUUUGGAAAACUCUCCCAUGGUAUUACAUUCCCAAAUACACCUCUUUAUCUUUGCCCAUGCUAGUUCAAUUGCGCUGAACUCACAUGUAAAAUGAUAGUCGAAUUAAAUGAUGAUAUGCACCUUUUAAGUCUUAUCAAAAUGUAAAAUUUUGUCCUUUGUUUUUUUCAAUUAGUUCUACUAUCAUACAUUUCAGCUUUUUUCAACACAUGCUGCGCCUCUGCAUUUUAGUUCUUUUUUUUGCACUGUGUCUUCUAGUUUUGAGUGGUAUGAUGUACCUAUUAGCCAACACUAAAGCAGAAAAUGGUGGCAAGUUUGGUAUAACAGUUCAGACAGCCACUUUUUAAAAUUAUAGAAUUAAUUUCUUCAUGAUAAUCUCCGACUGUAGUACCUGACUUUUAAACCAAUAAUACCCUUGGGAGAAAUUCAAGUCUUGAACCAAUAGGAACCAGUAAUAGCCUCUUGGUUGCAUUUCCUUUAGUUAUGCCUCCUUACAUCAUUUUUGUGUUGCGAGUAUUUCUCAAUUCUGAGAUUUGUAUUCACUCAUGACUGCAAGGUAAAAAAAUCCUAUCUUCUGAUUAAGACUGUCUUAUUUGUGUGAGGUACUUGGAGCACCAUGCCGCUAUAUCAGCUCGUUUGAUCAAAGAAUGCCACUUGUCUUCACACCGAUCCAGCAAUAAUCUCUUGAGCGAUGAAGGGCUCUACUGCCAACCUGUCUUUUCUUUUAAAACAGGAAUCAAGUUUGCAGCAUAGAAUUUCUGGAUGGUAUCUUUUAUGACAUGUUUAUCGGAGCUGUCGACUCAAUUUUGCGUUUCUUUGUGUUCUGCACAAAAAAAUACAAUAUGGCAAUCUUAAUAAUCAAAAUUAAUAAACACAUGCAUGACUGUCCUAUUUUGUACACAGACUGAUAUAACUUUACUAAUAAAUUAUUUCUCUCUUUGCUUUUAACAGCCUUAUUACUUUUCCUGCUCUUCACAUUCGGCCCGCAAACUCGUGGCACACUAUCUGCCAGUAGACUUAUAGCAGUUAAUAUGGCAGGAAGGGAGCUGAAAUCCCCCAAUUUCCCUUUCCCUACUUUUCCUGUUGUCCUUUCUUUGCUCUUCACCACGCUCUGGCAGCUCACAAGAAUCAUGGCCCUCACAAUACCAUUUACCACAUCGAAAAUCAAGUACCGUAUUUACUCGCGUAAAGCCCCCCCCCACCCCCCCCCUUUUUUUUUUACAAAUUUUAGACUCCAAAAAAGGGGAGGGGGCCUAUAUGCGAAUUUGGAGGAAAAAAUAUAUUUUUCUUUUUUUCAGGUAUGAAAAACUAAUAUUUAAUAAAAGCAAAAUGAAAUACCGCCACAACUUAUUUAAAUGCCAAUUAAAUUUUUAUUAAAUGAAACAGCUGGCGGAACGACUGGCAAGUCGUGCGUCUUUGUUCUAAUGAGGGAGGGUGGGGGAGGCAGCGAGUCCGCAGGGGGGAGAGGCAGCGCUUCAGCAGGGAGGGAGGGGAGAGAGGCAGAGGCGUGGCUUAACCUCCUUCCUGCCAGCUAGCCAGCCAACCAGACAAAGGAGUGUUAGAAAUACCAGUUUCAUGGUACGUGUACCAGUUUUCAUAGGUAAUUCCUUGACGUAUUACUGGUAUAGUUUAUUUUGCCUUAGUUUAAGAAAUACAAAGAUUAAAUUAUUUUCGAUUAGGUAGAGGUAUAAAAAAAAAUUAAAACCAGUUUUAGACAUUAGGUUAGUUUUAAAAAUAUUAAACUGUGAUGACCAUGUUACAUAAAAAAAAUUGGUUUACAAAAAUACCUCGCAAUAGUUAUCAAGUAAACCAUGCACAGCAUACCACUGUUUUGACUGAAGUGCCAGUUUUCUCAUGAUAUGAGUACCAGAAUUUUCAAGCUGUCAUCAGACAAUGCUGACUAGGUGUCCCCACAGUUUCCCUUACAUUUACUCUCUUCCUUGACAAUCAACCUGGCAUUCACUAUCUCGUGAGUUAUUUACGUGUGCGCCAGUUGAAAAGUUUAUGGUAGCGUACCGUUUUUAACACUUUCAUGCAAACACAUUUCACUAAAGGCACAGUAUGUACCGUAGAGGUAGAGAAUAUUUACAUACACUAUGUUCUAUUCACAUGCAUAUCAUUUGAAGCAGUGCGGGCACUGCUGAGCGUUCCUUCCCCUCCAGUUCCCCUCCCCUCUCCUCCUUUCCUCUUCCUCUCCGACUUCCCCUUCCUACCCCCCUCUCUUCCUCCCUUCCCCGCCGCGCCACCAGCGCACUCUGCCGUGUAUUGUUCCCGGCCUAUAUAACCCCGGCACCCGGGCUAUUUGCCGCAGUCUUCCGGUCGUUUGACAUGAGGGCUGCCACUUGGGGCUGGCGUCGCUUUGGUAUCUACUCGGCUGUGAAACUUUUAACUUCUGUAAUUUUCAGUAAUUAGUAUGAUUUCUUGUUCUUGCUUGCGCGUCGUGGCCGCGCUUUCACUUUUGGAUUUUUGCCAUGUUUAGUAAUUUUCGUAAUCUCUCUUGGACCCUUCAGGUCAGUGCUUAAUUGGAUUCUUUGCCUUAGUUUCUUUUGCUCACGCCGAGUACUACCGGUAGCUUAUGUAACAGUGUUUUUCUGCGGUUGUAUAUGGGCAUGCCAUGAUGGCUUUGGACACUUCUUGUCAAGCCGCAUCGUAACGGUAAUAGUAAUUGUAUGUAAUUGUAAAUGUAAUCUCUUUCUUUCUUUCUUUCUUGUUGUUGCCUAGCGGCCCAUAUGAUUGUGCUACGUUAAACACGUCUUCAGCUUGCCCCAUUUAUCGCACCAUUGUUUUAACUUGUAUUCCCGCGGGAAUCGAAUUAUUAUAUGCAUAUUAUAUGCAUUGUUUGCAUUGUAACUAAUAAAGUGGAUUGCUUGUUAUUCGGAUUUUUGUGACCUUAUUUCUUGCAGCACGAGCGCACCACUGCCGUGGUCGUAUGGCAACGACACCUUGUUUGUGUUGAUUUCCUGUUUCAGUUGUAGGUGCGGCUACACAUUAUCUGCGUCUACUCCCCCUCCUCUUCGACAUCGUCAGGGUCGUUGGCGUCAGAAUCUUAGGUGUCGUUCUCGCUUGCGCUGCUUUCCCCGCGGUUCUUCCACACUUCAUCAUCUUCCGUGCCAUCUAGUGCGUUGGAUAGGCCAGUCACUUUGAAACUUUUAGCCAGUUUCCACAGGAAUGGCACGCCAUGCCGCAAGUAUCCACUCGCACACAGUAGACAAGGAUGCCCUCUUCAUUCUUCCUGUCGGAGUCAACUUGUGUUCAGCAGAUCUCAUCCAUUCGCUGUACUGUUUUCUGAAGUGGGUUUUGAAGGGACGAUUCACAACAACGUCCAAAGGUUGCAAAAUCUUAGUUAAACCUCCGGGUAUUAUGACAAGAUCGCACCUCUCUUCUCUAACCCUCGUUUUCACCUUCUCUGUCAGGUGGCCUCUGAAACUAUCCAACACUAGCAUGGAGCGUUGACGUAGAAGACCACCUGGCCGCGAAUUCCAAACUUUGUUCAACCAGUCGACAACCAAGUCUUCGGUCAUCCACCCCUUUAUCUGUGCGUGGACAAUAAUACCAUUCGGCAUUUUUUCCUUCGGCAUAGUCUUUUUAGCAAAGAUCACGUACGGCGGGAGUUUGCGGCCGUCAGCCGUUAUUGCGAGCAUGACAGUGGCGCGCUGUAUCUCUGCACCGGUCGUCCUAAUGGAAACUGAUCUCUCGCCCACUGGGUUUAUCGUUGUGUUCUCAGGCAUGUCGAAAUAAAUUGGAGUUUGGUCAGCAUUCCCGAUCUGGAAAAGCAUGUAUUGGUGCUGCUUUCGUAGCGAUAUCACAUAGUGCUGGAAGGACAGCAUUUUCUCUUCAAACUUCUCUGGUAGUUUCUGUGAAACCGUAGUUCGACUACGUAUUGAUAGAUCUUUCCUGCGCAUAAAUCUGCGAAUCCAGCCAUAGCUGGCACGGAAUUCGUUGUGUGGCAUGUUCAAUCGUCUUGCAAUUUGAUUUGCCUCGACUUGUAUCAUUUCCAUUGUCACAACAUAUCCCGAUUUGCUUGUGUCCGUAAUAUAUGUAUAAACUUCAUCUUCAACUUGGGGGUACUUGCAUUUUCCUCCAAGGAAGGCACGUUUAUUUUUUGGGGCCUUUUACAGUUUUUCGCAUUCACUAACUCAACACCUGACACAUUUUGCAUCCACGUCGAAUUUCCUCGCGGCAGCGCGUUUGCUGUGUUCAGUCGCGUAAGCAAUGACCUUUAACUUAUACUCGACCGUGUAGCUACCCCUUUUUCUCUCCUCGAAUAUUGAAUGCUUCGAAUACUAACAUUUUAAUAGUGUUUGAGGUUUUGAUUGGCCCAUCUGUAGUAAUUAUGUAUUUGGAUGGGGCAUGUUUGGAACUGCCACCACCUCCAGCUGUUGUUAAUAUUAGCAGGAUACACCAGUGAGGAAUAUGUCCCAUGCCAUGGGGCACACUUUGUCUGUUAUGUCUACCAGCAAUGGAUAAUCUUGUGUGUAUAUGCAAGGGUUUUAUACUGUACAUUUUCAUAUAUUUUAUUAAAUGCUGACAAAUGAAUACUGUUAAUACAGAA